GCCGCCCGAACACCGCUGUAGCGCUCGCGCGGGCGCACCCGCGGCCGUGGCCUCUUUAAGGCUUUUUCCGCCGACAGCGCAACGUGAGGAGGGGCGCGGCCGGGAGGCGUGGCUCCCCUGCGGCUCCGCCCCCCAGUAUAAGGACGACCGUCCGCGCCCGGCGCCGCAGUGGUCGGCGCUGUUGCGGUUCGGCGCAUGCGUGUGGCGCCGGCUGCUGCGCGGGGACAUGCGGAGCUGCGCGACGCUUUCGGGGGAAUGAAAACCACAGGAAGCCCGUCAAGGACUGUGGAUUUCUGGGGCCGUGAGACAUCGCGAGAGCGCCGUGCAUAAUGUCAGCUGCAGGAGUUGCUGCGCAGGACAUCAGAGUCCCGUUGAAAGCCGGAUUUCUGCACGCCAGUCAAGGCAUGGGGAGCCUGAACACCUGCUGGGGCAGCCACAGUGGAUUUGAAAAUACUUUCUUUAAUGUGGAUCCUAUAACAGUGGCAUAUAAUCUGAAUCCAUCAACAGAGCAACAUUUACCAUCCAUUGGGCACUCUUCCAACCAUGCUUCCAUGAAUGGCCACAGCUUUCCUGAAAGUUGCAUCCAAGUCCCAUCUCAGAAACCCAGCCCACCUCCUGUAAGUCCCAGGAAUGAACAGCCAGUUUCAAGAUACGAAGACCAUCUUGUUCCUGGCUUUAGUAAACUGUCAUUAACCAUGGGCUGUGUUUCUGAAGAAACACCUCCUCACAUGCCAAUAAAAAAUGGGCCAAUUCAAUUUCUGUCUGCUUCUUCCAAUGAGCGUAGCUCCAGACCUUUGCCCCCGCUGCCUGUUUCUGAAGACCUUACUGCAGAUGAGGUUGACAAAGAGGUGGAAUUCCUGACUAGCUCAGAUACUGACUUUUUGUUAGAAGAUUAUGAACUUCCUCCUUUUAAAUCCAGUGCUCCAAGCCGGCGAAGCUUUAGGGGCUGUGGACAAAUCAACUAUGCAUACUUUGAUACUCCAACAGGACCAAAACCGGAAGAUGCCCACCCUACACAAAGCCUAAGUGGAUACAUAUCCAGUAUUUAUCCUCCCGCACAGCAGCUGCAUCGACGUUUGCGAAGGUCCCAUUCCGGGCCAGCUGGAUCUCUUAAUAAACCAGUAGUACGGCUGUCUGGACACUUAAAUCGGUCUUCUCCAAACUCUGAUGAAGACAAACCAGAGAUUCCACCACGGGUGCCCAUACCUCCAAGGGCUCUCAAACCAGAUUACAGAAGGUGGUCAGCAGAAGUUGCUUCUAGUGCGUACAGUGACGAAGACAGGCCUCCCAAAGUGCCCCCGAGAGAACCUUUGUCACGCAGCAAUUCCCGUACACCAAGUCCCAAAAGCCUGCCGUCAUACCUCAAUGGGGUUAUGCCCCCCACCCAGAGUUUUGCACCUGAUCCGAAGUAUGUCAGCAGCAAAGCUCUACAAAGACAAAAUAGUGAAGGAUCUUCCAACAGGAUCCCUUGCAUUCUGCCAAUUAUUGAAAAUGGUAAGAAGGCCAGUUCCACGCACUACUAUCUGCUGCCCGAAAGGCCUCCGUAUUUGGACAAGUACGAGAAAUUCUUCAGAGAAGCAGAAGAGAGCAGCUCUAACUCUGAGGUUCAGUCCUGGUCUGGUGACUGCACAGCCACUUCGGGCCCAGCAAAACUGGACUCAAAACCUCGAAUGGACAUAGCUGGUCACCUCAAACGAAAACACCUGUCUUACGUGGUUUCCCCGUAGUCUCUGAGAGCACAGUCUCAGCUCAGUUGUUCAGGAUGGAGCUGAACUUUACCACGUUACAAAGUUCUUAAGGUUCUCAGAUAAUGAAGUAGGACCAGUUUGAACUCUGAGAACUGGAAAAUGGAUGGUAAAGUCCUCUUAUGCUGCAUAUCUCUGAUAUGUUUCUUUAGACUGGUUUUUGUCUUGGUAUGUAUAGCUGGAAACCUGCAAAGAUUCCAUAGAAACAUAUGAAGGGAUAGUAGUCACAGUUGGCCAGUUAUAUGCUACCUAGACUAACAUAUUUGGUAGUCACAGUAUCCAAAACAAACAAAACAGUAGCUUUGGUUACGAGUCACUUACGAAGCCGACAGAGCAGGUAACACCGUACAGCUGCUGCAACAGGCUUUUCCAAAAUUCCUUUCACAGAGCAGUAACUGCUGAGAACAGGCUCUGUCCUCUCUGACUCGGGCACGCCAGCCUGGUAAGAAGGCAACUGCAAGAUCUGAUAGCUGCUUCAAGACUUGGCAGGCAUACUGGAAGUGCGUUUCGAAAGACUAAUCUAUUUUACAACUUAAUUUGACCCUAAUAGACUUUUAAAGUGAGUUAGGUUUUGUGGAUGCUUUCGGUUGCCAAACACGGCUCAGUUUUCCCUAGGACAGACUAUGGGUAAUCCUCUGCUGCUGCUCUUUUCCUGCUGGAUCGCAGAAACGCGUGAAGGCGCCCUGAAAGCAGCAGAGGAUGUGAGCAGCUGCACCGUUCCUGGUAGGUAGGCAGUAACAACUACAUGCUCACCUAAAAUUCUGACUGUAUUAAAUACAGAAUCGCAGCACAAGCUGGUCUUGUGUUUUGGUUUCUACUCAGUAUUUUGGAGGAGGAGGGUAUGAGGAAAACACGUUAUUCCGUUUAUGAGCAGUGUCAGUCCCAUCUCUUGCUGCUUCAGAUGCUGCUACUGGCUGUUUAAUUUUUCCUCGUUGUGCCUCAGCGAUCCACUCAAGUUCGUUGAAGUGCCGCAUUUGUGCGCGAGCACUUUGUCGUGCUCGCUUUGGUUACGUUCAUCCCCUUACAGAUCAGCACAAAGAGGAAGGGUGCUCAUUAACAGAGGCACAGAAGGUGAAUAUCUUCCUCCUAACAGAAAUAAACAGGCUGUUUACAGUUUAAACUGCUGAAUGAGAUGUUUGAGCUAUUUUAAAGCUUAUUUUUUAUUUGUUUUAGUACAGACUAAAUGAAGGUGAAAUACAUGCUAUAGAAAUGCACUGAUAUUUCUGCAUCAUGUACAGUAUUGAAUAAAAAAGAAUUCACUUUGUAUUUUGAAUAUUGUAAUGUCUUGAGUUUAAUAAAGUUAUAAAAUACUUAUUUAUGAUA